CAAAGCCUACCUCGGUUGAAUAUUAUUUUCUCUUCCUUUUUUAGCAAACAAAAUAAAAAUAAAGAACCUUUCGCCAACCAUACAGCACUCCACUUUUCUAGCAGCAGAGUUCUUUUUCCAUCCACUUCCCACCUUGGGAUCUAUUUCCUCUCUCUAUUUCUCCCUAGGUAAAAGUUAAUUUGUUGAUUUUUGCGAGCCAUGGUGUUCUAUCGCGGCGUUUCUCUGCUGUCAAAGCUGCGUUCUCGAGCGGUCCAACAGACAAAUCUUAGCAACUCUGUGCGCUGGCUUCAAGUCCAAACCUCUUCUGGUCUUGAUCUGCGUUCUGAGCUGCAAGAAUUGAUUCCAGAACAACAGGAUCGCCUAAAGAAGCUCAAGUCAGAGCAUGGAAAGGUUCAAUUGGGAAACAUCACAGUUGAUAUGGUUCUUGGUGGAAUGAGAGGAAUGACAGGAUUACUGUGGGAAACCUCAUUACUUGACCCCGAUGAGGGAAUUCGCUUUCGGGGCUUGUCUAUACCUGAAUGCCAAAAGGUAUUACCUGCAGCAAAGCCUGGGGGAGAGCCCUUGCCUGAAGGUCUUCUCUGGCUUCUUUUAACAGGAAAGGUGCCAUCAAAAGAGCAAGUGGAUUCAUUGUCUCAGGAAUUGCGAAGUCGUGCUACUGUCCCCGAUCAUGUAUACAAAACUAUUGAUGCCUUACCAGUCACAGCUCACCCAAUGACUCAGUUUACUACUGGAGUCAUGGCUCUUCAGGUUCAAAGUGAAUUUCAAAAGGCAUAUGAGAAAGGGAUUCACAAAUCAAAGUUAUGGGAACCGACAUAUGAGGAUUCCAUGAGUUUGAUUGCUCAAGUUCCACUUGUUGCUGCUUAUGUUUAUCGCAGGAUGUACAAGAACGGCAACACUAUACCUAAGGAUGACUCACUGGAUUAUGGUGCAAAUUUUGCUCACAUGCUUGGUUUCAGUAGCUCUGACAUGCAUGAGCUUAUGAAGCUCUAUGUCACGAUACACAGUGAUCAUGAAGGUGGUAACGUCAGUGCUCACACAGGUCACUUGGUUGCUAGUGCUUUGUCAGACCCUUACCUCUCCUUCGCUGCUGCUUUGAAUGGUUUAGCUGGACCACUUCAUGGUUUAGCCAAUCAGGAAGUUUUGCUAUGGAUCAAAUCUGUUGUAGAGGAGUGUGGGGAGAACAUUUCCAAAGAGCAGUUGAAAGACUACGUCUGGAAAACAUUGAAAAGUGGCAAGGUAGUAUAUGAACCUCUGCAUGGAGUUCUGCGCAAGACUGAUCCAAGAUACACAUGCCAGAGAGAGUUCGCUUUGAAGCAUUUGCCUGAAGAUCCACUGUUUCAACUGGUUGCAAAACUCUACGAAGUUGUUCCUCCAAUUCUUACAGAACUUGGCAAAGUUAAAAACCCUUGGCCAAAUGUUGAUGCCCACAGUGGUGUGUUGUUGAACUAUUAUGGUUUAACUGAAGCAAGAUAUUAUACGGUCCUCUUUGGUGUAUCAAGAGCUCUUGGCAUUUGCUCUCAGCUAAUUUGGGACCGAGCUCUUGGAUUGCCACUAGAGAGGCCAAAGAGUGUCACAAUGGAGUGGCUUGAGAACCAUUGCAAGAAAGCAUGAUUUGUUUGAAAUCUCUGCGAGCAUAAAAGCACAAUGUAAAAUCUUUAUGAAUAAUUGCUUGAGAAAGCAGUUUUUUCUUGGAGCCAAGGUAGGUCGCAUUAGGAGUGUUCAUCGAUUGGCUUAGUACGGUUUUGAAAGAUUUUGGUUGUGUAUUUUCAGUUUCGGUUUUAAAAAUGUUAUACCAAUACCUUAUCGAUAUAAAUUCAAUAUGAUUCGAUUUUUUACUUUUGUUUGA